CACACAGGAGAGAAGCCUUAUUACUGCUCUGACUGUGGAAAACGUUUUAAAACAUCAAAUGAGCUAAAAGUUCACCAGAGAACACACACAGGAGAGAAGCCUUACGUCUGCUCUGACUGUGGGACGAGUUUCUCUCACCAGAGCAACUUAAAAACACACCAACUUAUACACACAGGAGAGAAGCCUUACUUCUGCUCUGACUGUGGAAAAUGCUUCAAAACAUCAACUGAGCUAAAACUUCACCAGAGGACACACACAGGAGAGAAGCCUUACGUCUGCUCUGACUGUGGGGUUAGUUUCUCUCGACUGGAUACCUUAAAAACACACCAACGUAUCCAUACAGGAGAGAAGCCUUACUACUGCUCUGACUGUGGGGCGAGUUUCUCUCAAAAGACCAACUUAAAAGUUCACCAGAGAACACACACAGGAGAGAAGCCUUAUUACUGCUCUGAGUGUGGAACUAGUUUCUCUAAAUUUUCCAUCUUAAAAACACAUGAACGUAUACAUACAGGAGAGAAGCCUUAUGUCUGCUCUGACUGUGGAAAAUGCUUAAAAACAUCAAGUUAUCUAAAAGUUCAUCAGAGAACACACACAGGAGAGAAGCCUUAUUCCUGCUCUGACUGUGGAAAACGUUUUAAAACAUCAACUGAGCUAAAAGUUCACCAGAGAACACACACAGGAGAGAAGCCUUACUUCUGCUCUGACUGUGGGAAGAGUUUCUCUCACCAGAGCAACUUAAAAACACACCAAUGUAUACAUUAACUUCAUGUGGGUACCUGGGACGGUUGCGUCCCACCUGGUCAACAUCCGGUGAAAUUGCAGAGUGACCGAUUCAAAUUUAAUUACUAUAAACAUUUACAUUUCAUGAAAUCACAAGUGUAAUACAUCAAAAUAAAGCUUAACUUGUUAAUCUAGCCGCCAUGUCAUAUUUCAAAAAGGCUUUAAGGCGAAAGCAAACCAUGCGAUUAUCUGAGGACGGCGCUCAGCACACAAAACAUUACAUACAGUUACCAGCCAAGUAGACUAGUCACGAAAGUCAGAAAUAUGAUGAUCUUCAUAUGGUUGCACUCACAACACUCCCAGUUACACAAUAAAGGUUCAUUUUGUUCGAUAAAGUCCCUCUUUAUAUCUUGAAACCUCCAUUUUGUUGGCACAUUUUGUUCUGUAAUCCAAUGGCUUAAAUGCGGUCACAAGAGGCAGAAGAAAAUUCCAAAUAGUAUCCGUAAAGUUUGUAGAAACAUGUAAAACAAUGUUUAUAAUCAAUUCCCAGGUUGUUUUUAGCCUAAAUAAUCGAUAAUAUUUCAACUGGCAACAACGUCGUCAAUAUAGAAGAAAAACAAGAAAGGUGCGCUCUGCAGGACCCAGCUCUGGGGACAUCCCACUAUCCACUGACUCAAUGUGGUCAUUCUCCCUAAUUUUUCAGAAUACAAGCCUGAAACAAUGUCUAAAGACUGUUCACAUCUAGUGUUAGCCAUAGGGAACGGAAUCUGGGUCUUAUCCCUUUAAAUGGUGGAUAGGCUUUCAUUGGAAAAACAGCCAUUUCAAAAUAAUGGCACUUCCUGGAUGAAUUUUCCUCAUGUUUUUGCCUGCCUUUUCAGUUCUGUUAUACUCACAAACAAUAUUUUUUAAGUUUUAGAAACUUUGGAGUGUUGUCUUUCCAAUUCUACUAA